AUGGCUCCGAACGUUCUCGUCGUUUUGACCUCCGCGAACGAGAUCCCCUCGCUGAAAAAGCCUACAGGCUGGUAUCUGCCUGAGUUCGCCCACCCCCAUGAAGUCCUCCACAAGAAGGUCUCCCUGACCAUCGCCUCGCCCAAGGGCGGCGAGGCCCCGCUGGACCCAGCCUCAGUUGAGAUGUUCAAGUCCGACCCAACCUCGGCGACCUUCCUGGAAGAGCAGAAGGCGCUGUGGACGAACACGCACAAGUUAUCGGAUGUCCUCGCGCGCGCGGACGAAUUCGACGCCCUCUUCUACGUAGGCGGACACGGACCCAUGUUCGACCUCACAACGGACCCCACCUCCAUCGCGCUGAUCGAGACCUUCGCCGCAGCCAAAAAGCCCGUUGCAGCCGUCUGCCACGGACCCUGCGUCUUCCUUAACACGACCGCCCCGUCCGGCGUGCCUCUCAUCUCCGGCGCCACGGUGACCGGCUUCUCCAACGAGGAGGAGGACCAGGCGCAACUGUCGGCGGCGAUGCCGUUCAUGCUGGAGACUGAGCUGCAGAAGGUCUCGGGCGGCGGGUAUGUCAAGGCUGAUGCGCCGUGGGGCGAGAAGGUGGUUAUUUCGAAGACGGCGGGGGUUGGAGGAGUGUUGAUUACCGGCCAGAAUCCGGCGAGCGCGACGGGAGUGGGGCAGGCAAUCCUGCAGGCGUUGGGGGUUUAG